CUCUACUAAUUUAUGAGUUCACCUCUGGUGGAAACCUUGCUAAAAAGAUCCAUGAGUAAAAACAAAGACUUGCUAUUUUCAUGGAACAUUCGUUUAAAAAUCGCCACAGAAAUUGCAAGUGCAGUUGCCUACUUACAUUCAGCAGCCUCCAUACCAAUUUUCCAAAGGGACAUAAAAUCUUCAAACAUACUCUUGGAUGAAAAAUAUACAGCUAAGGUUUCAGACUUUGGGAUUUCAAGAUUGGUUGAAAAUGAUAAAACUCACUUAACUACAUCGGUACAAGGGACCUUUGGAUACUUUGACCCAGAGUACUUUCAGUCACACCAAUUUACUGAGAAGAGUGAUGUCUUCAGUUUUGGGGUAGUUCUUCUAGAGCUCUUUACAGGAGAAAAACCAAUUUCUUCCAGUAGAUCAUCAGAAGAUAUAUAUUUAGUCACAUAUUUUGCUUCAUCAGUGAGGGAAGACCGCUUCUUUGAGAUUCUUGAUCCCCAAAUUAUGCAAGAGGGUAAAACAGAGGAGCUCCAGGCAGUUGCUAACCCUGCAAUGAGAUGCUUGAAUACGAGUGGAAGGGAAAGGCCAACAAUGAUGGAAGUUGCAUCAGAACUCGAAAGAUUAAGAAGGUUGGAUGAGCCUUCGGUAGUCCCCGAUAAUGGCCAAGAGGUGGAGAUCUUCAUCAAUGAAACUUUGGGCUUAUGGCCCACAAGUUCAACCACUUCAGCUUCAACCAGCAAGUUUACAAAUUUGGAGAAUAGCAUCAUUUCGCAACAACAGGUACAUCCACUAAUGUUACCGUCUCACACAUUUUAACAAAGAUGAAUGUAUUGCAGAGUGGUGUCUUCUCAGUAGUAAAAUAAUGUUAU